AUGGCCGAGUUUUCCCUUGAUGUCCUGCUGAAAGGCAACUCCGGCAAGAACACGCGCGGUCUACUGCGGAUCAUUAUCCUGCUCACGAUCGCUGCCGCCGCCGUGGCCAGUCGCCUGUUCAGUGUUAUUCGAUUCGAAAGUAUUAUUCACGAAUUCGACCCGUGGUUCAACUUCCGGGCAACAAAAUACCUUGUUCAAAAUGGCUUCUAUAGCUUCUGGGAUUGGUUUGAUGACCGAACCUGGCACCCUCUGGGUCGUGUCACUGGUGGCACUCUAUAUCCUGGCCUGAUGGUGACCAGCGGCGUGAUCUACCACAUCCUGCGCUUCCUCACGAUCCCUGUCGAUAUUCGCAACGUUUGCGUUCUGCUUGCCCCCGGAUUUUCGGGCCUGACUGCCCUGGCAAUGUAUCUCCUGACCCGUGAGAUGUCGCACUCGCCUUCCGCUGGUCUACUCGCUGCCGCUUUCAUGGGAAUCACCCCCGGAUACAUCUCUCGCUCCGUGGCAGGCAGUUACGAUAACGAGGCCAUUGCCAUUUUCCUGCUUGUCUUCACGUUUUUCCUGUGGAUCAAGGCUGUCAAGAAUGGCUCGAUCAUGUGGGGAGCACUGACUGCUCUGUUCUAUGGAUACAUGGUUUCUGCGUGGGGUGGAUAUGUCUUCAUCACCAACCUCAUUCCCCUCCAUGUGUUCGUUCUUCUGUGCAUGGGCCGCUAUAGCUCCCGCCUCUACAUUAGCUAUACCACCUGGUAUGCUCUGGGAACACUGGGCAGCAUGCAGAUUCCCUUCGUCGGUUUCCUGCCCAUUCGCAACAGUGACCACAUGUCCGCUCUGGGUGUCUUUGGUCUUCUCCAGCUCGUUGCCUUUGCCGAAUUUGUUCGAGCUUUCCUGCACGGCAAGCAGUUCCAGAAGCUGCUUACAUCCAUGGUUCUACUCACCUUCGGUCUUGGCUUCACCGGUCUGAUUAUCCUCUCCGUUUCGGGCGUCAUUGCCCCCUGGAGUGGUCGUUUCUACUCGCUGUGGGACACUGGCUAUGCCAAGAUUCAUAUUCCCAUCAUCGCAUCUGUUUCCGAGCACCAGCCUACCGCUUGGCCCGCCUUCUUCUUUGACUUGAACUUCCUGAUCUGGCUCUUCCCAGCCGGUGUAUUCAUUUGCUUCCAGAACUUGAAGGACGAGCAUGUGUUCGUAAUCAUCUAUGCCGUGCUGGCCAGCUACUUCGCCGGUGUCAUGGUCCGUCUCAUGCUGACCUUGACCCCAAUUGUCUGUGUCGCCGCUGCCCUGGCUGCCUCGACCAUCCUGGACAGCUUCUUGGUCAUGUCGAAGCCUACCCCGGAGACCCAGGCCAAGGCGAAUGCCGAUAAGUCGAAGGCUUUCUCCUCGACUCGCAACCCUGUCGUUGGAAUCUACUCGUACUUCUCCAAGGCUGUUGUGACCGGCUCGCUUAUCAUCUACCUGCUCAUGUUUGUUGCUCACUGUACUUGGGUCACCUCGAACGCGUACUCUUCUCCUUCAGUUGUGUUGGCUAGCCGACUUCCCGAUGGAAGCCAGCACAUCAUUGACGACUACCGUGAGGCAUACUACUGGCUUCGUCAGAACACCGAGGACAACGCCAAGAUCAUGUCGUGGUGGGACUACGGCUACCAGAUUGGUGGCAUGGCUGACCGUCCUACUUUGGUUGACAACAACACCUGGAACAACACCCACAUCGCCACCGUUGGUAAGGCCAUGAGCUCGCGCGAGGAAGUCAGCUAUCCGAUCCUACGCCAACACGAUGUCGACUACGUUCUGGUUGUGUUCGGUGGAUUGCUGGGCUACUCCGGUGAUGACCUGAACAAGUUCCUGUGGAUGGUCCGCAUUGCCGAGGGUAUCUGGCCCGACGAGGUGAAAGAGCGUGACUUUUUCACUGCCCGUGGCGAGUACCGCGUCGAUGACGGUGCGACUCCCACUAUGAAGAAUAGUCUGAUGUACAAAAUGUCUUACUACAACUACAACUCUCUCUUCCCCGCCGGACAAGCCGUUGACCGGGUUCGUGGUGUGAGACUGCCUGCGGAGAGCCCCACGCUCAACACCCUUGAGGAGGCUUUCACCAGUGAGAACUGGAUCAUCCGUAUCUUCAAAGUCAAGGACCUCGACAACUUUGGCCGUGAUCACAGCAACGCUGUGGCCUUCGACAAGGGCCUCAAACGCAAGCGGGCGACUAAGAAGAAGGGACCUCGCGUUCUGAGAACGGAGUAA